GGUGCCGCGCUGGGCGCUGCUGUCGCAUUGUUGCCCAGUCUUGUGUUGCCGUCGCGGGGAGAGGUGGCGCGUGGUCGCGGCUUGCCUUGUAUCGUGUGUGCGAUAUGUAAUAUACUCGGUGUCAUGUGCUUUACCUUCUAGUGCCUGUAAUAAUGGAUACCAACACAAUCAUCGAGGGGACUGUCAAGUUCCGGGAUGGCAAAAAGUGGAAGUCCCGCUGGUGUGUCGUCAGGAAGCUCUCACCUGUCGCAGAUUGUAUCCACUUGCAACUGUACCGAGACAGCAAGGAACGCUACAAGCAAGGCCAGACCAAGGCCUCUCUCUCCCUGGAGAACUUCCUGGGCAUCCAAUCAGGUUUCACCCUAGACAAGGAGUCCAACACAUUGGCCAUUAUAUGCCAAGAAGUCAUUGUAGUCCUGGCGUUUGACACUAGAGAGCAUCUCAUGCAGUGGCAAGUGAAAAUCUCUGCAAACCUUGGAGAAGGUGACCAGUUCCUGGUACAGAUAUCGUCUGCCCCCGCCAGAGCUAAGCUAGCCCCUGGCCCCGCUCGGCUACUCAUACAGGAGUUCCAGUUCUGCCUCACGGUCGGGGUGCCCCCACGGCUCAUAGCCUUCUGGCGGAUACAGCAGCUCAGGAGAUUCGGGGUGGUGGAAGGCAAGUUCUGCUUUGAAGGAGGUUCCCGUUGUGGUCGAGGGGAGGGGUUGUAUGUGCUCGUAUCUGAGAAGCCUGAAGACCUCACCAGAGCUUUCAACUUGGCAGCUGAAGGAAAACUGUUCACAAGAAAACGUCCAGUUUCCAGAAACAUGUCAGUGAUGGAGAAGGCGAGGAAGCACCACACGUUCAGACCUGAGUCCCGACUGUCAGAUGUGAGCAGUGCCGACUCUAUGACUGGGGAUUCUCCCCAGGGCUACAGUCUUCCAGGAGUGAAGACACCCAGCUGCUCCUGUUCCCACAGCCGGGAAGACCUGCUGUCCUGGCCUCAAACCCCUGUCACAGACUUCCCAGACUCUGUCUCCUCCAAUGAAACCAACAAAUUUGACCUGAAGUCGUUGUGGAGCUCUGACGUGGUGAUGGGCCGAUGUACUAGCUGCAUGAGCAAGUUAGGCAGCAUGUCUCGCUCCUCCACACUUACCAACACAACAGGCAACAGAUUCCCAGUCAGCUGGACUAUGGACCGUCCAAAAAGCUGUGGAUCCCAGAAGAUGAGUCCCAGUGUGACAUGUAGCAGUGUGUCCCUCUCGUCUCAUAGCUCACAGGGCAGUUGCUGCGAUCUUCACCACAGACUUUCCGCCAUCGAACACUGCAACUCUGUGUGCUCAUCAAGCAAGAGUGCAUGCGCCUCCACGCCUACAGAUUGCAGCCACAUGCCUCCCUCCCGCCCGCCUAAACCUGCCCACCUCAGUUUUAUGCGACUCCAGUCAGCGCCUGUGGUGGACUCAACCUCCAGCCCCUCAGCAUUCCUCACACCGUCUCCUUCGCCUUCGUGCUGCUGCCAACACAGAUUACCUCCCUUCACUAACCCCUAUGGCAACUAUGAUGUUCCAAAGCCAUUAAGUUUGACACAACAGAAGCUGAAAUUGGAUCUCAAGAGUCCGUGCACACAGCUCAGGCCUCAGUCACAAUCCAGUUCAGAAGAGUAUUAUGACACACCCAGAAAACUUAAGGACAGUUUGAUAUGGGAGUAUGGGAACUACGAUGUGCCUCCUCCUGCACAACCAGUUAUCCCCUUUUCUGAAUGCAAGGGACUUGAUCUCGACAAAUCAAUAACAAGGGAAACACCAGAUGGUGCAGAGAGUGGCAACACUUCUAAUGAUGCAGAAUCUAUGUACUUAAGCCAAGAUGAAGAAAGCUCAUCUAUCCAUAUAACCAAGGUUAAACUUACUGGUGAGGGAAGAAUGCCAGUUAUGAGUCCUUGUGGGAAAAUAAUCGAAAAGCCAGACUUGUCAUACGAAGAGAAACUGGAGCAUCUAUUGGAGAAUGAGAGCCUUGCCAACUAUAAUGCUUCUAAUAUAAAUUAUGCAAAUUUAGAUGUGAGUGAAAAUAACAAUGAGGCAAUUGAUACAGAAUCUGUGCAUACCAACAACAGCGACAUGAAUAAUGAACAGAAUUAUUCUAACAUAGAAGUAAUGCAAGCCUUACAGAAUUAUGAAAACUUCCAAUGUUUUUUCUCUGACAAUCAUAACACUGAUAAUGCCAACCUUACUGAUAAUAACCAACAGCAGGAAAACAUUGAAGACAAUCAAAAUUGUAGAAAAUCCAAUGAAAACAUUUGCUGCUCAAAUUGUGGCCAUCACUGCAGUAAAGGAGAGAGUUUGAACUUAGCAUGUGUAAAUACAUGUGAAAACAGUAAUUAUCAGAUGGAAGCAAAAAACGGAAAUGUUCCUGUUGACAUAAAUAGAUGCGUAUUAAAUGAUGAGAAUAGCUCUGAUAAAAGUGUAUUAACUAACACGUUUUUAGAUAAUAAAUGCAACAGUACUUCUUGCUUGGAAGAGAUGAAGCAUGACCCCCUCUGUACACCUGAAAAGAGUGGUGAUAACAAAAACAACUCAAGUGCGAAAGCGUCCCCAAAAUAUUCGGCGUCAGCCAUUAACAGUCCAGCUUUCAGAAGGCUAACAAGGCAAUGUUCAGUGGAACAAGCUAUCAGCUCAAGGUUUCAACGGUUGUGCCUUAGAAAAAGAUCAAACUCAGUAGAUUCUUCCAGGUUCCGUGCAGAAGAUGUGUCAGUGAAAGACGCAAAGUCAACAGACUCACAUGGAAGAUCAUAUGUGUUAAGUAACCCUUCUUCUACAGAUUCCUUGUGCGCAACAGAAAAAUUAGAGAGUGUGAAGAGAAGGGAUGAUAAGAAACACAACAAUGUAAAUAAAAGUGAAUUAAAGAUAGCUCCUUUGGUUAUUUCGGAAAAUACAGACUUGCAAGAAACUUCAUUUUCAAGGCAGAAAUAUUCUUCAAAAUACUCUGACCUGAUUGGUGCUAGAUCGUCAAGUGUUCCAAACAAGUUUUUCAGUAACAGAGAUUCAUCAAGUUCUAAUGAUUCAGGAGUUUCAACAGGAUCCUUGUCUUUUAGGCCAUAUGCUACUGAUUUCUUGGAAUUUGAAAUGCCACUUACAACGAGUAUGUCUUCAAAAAGACACCACAUUGCUAUGAUAAACAGUAACAGUGAGGCAUCAUACAAAAUGAUACCGAAAACGAUCCAAAUCCGUUGAUCCUUUAAGAGAUAUAACUUUUACAUUUGAAUUUGGUGAGCAACAAAAUGGGAAAUCGACAUCAGCUGAAGCGGAAGUGCCUGUCUUUUUACUUGAAAACAAAAGCAAAGACUACCUGAGUCCACACAAAACACAGUAUCUACCAGACUCACGGAGUACUAGUAGUGGAACGUCAGACAUGUCAGACUACAUCGAAACUCUAUCUUUCUCAUCCUUCAGCUCUCUGGAGACUCCUGACGGCUGCAG